AUGGAGAAGGCAAAGGGCAGCUCAGAAGAGCUGAGGAAGAUACAAAGUAGAUGUUUGGGAGAGGAGAAAAUGACAUCGCGGCUCCUUGAUCCUGAUCCCCUGAUAUGCUGGCUGAAGCACCAGCACAAACGAGCCACUGCUGCCUUUCCUGGAGGGCGCGCGGUGGACCUGCCGGUGGAGUUUCUGCCUCCUUCCAGGGAGAGCCCGCGACGCCAGGACUGCUUUGAACGGCUGACUAUGGACGGGGUUUGCCUGCGCGCCCGCAGGAACCUAAUGGAAGAGGAGGACGACGACGACGAUGGCGACCUGGCACAGAGGAUGGAGCCGUCCAACAAGGAGGACCCUUCGGCCUGGGAAAAAGAGGCUGAAAAGCGAGCCAUGCUGACCCUGACCUUCGCCCUCCGCAACGGGAGAAAAGCCGGCAUCUCCAGGGCGGCCAAAGUGUUCGAGAUGUUUGAUGGCAAAAUCUAUCACCUUGAAACUAGACCAGCUAAAGAAUAUAAAAACACUGCAGGUGACCUUGAAUUUUUUGUCAGAUGUGAAGUUCUUAACUGUGAGGUCAGCAGCCUCACAAAUUCCUUAAAAAGGGUGGCAGAGGAUGUGAAAGUGAACAGAGAAGAAAAAGCCCCAUGGUUCCCAAAGAAAAUACGAGAUCUUGACAACUGCCAUCAACUGAUCACCAAAUAUGACCCUGAUUUGGAUCAUGACCAUCCGGGAUACACAGAUGCUGCAUACAGGGAGCGGAGGGCUUUUAUUGCUGACCUGGCCUUUAACUUCAGACAGGGUGACCCUUUACCAAGAGUUGAGUACACAGCUCAAGAAACUGCUACAUGGAGAGAAGUCUACCAGAAGCUAAGCAGUCUCUACCCCACGUGUGCCUGUAAGCAAUAUCUGGAUGCCUUUAAUCAGCUGGAAAAAUACUGUGGAUAUCAAGCAGGCUGUAUCCCUCAGCUUCAAGAUGUCUCUGCAUUUUUAACAGAAAGAACAGGCUUUAAGUUGAGACCAGCUGCAGGGCUUCUGUCUGCUCGGGAUUUCCUUGCUAGCUUGGCAUUCCGUGUCUUUCAGACUACACAAUACAUAAGGCACUCAUCUUCCCCAAUGCAUUCCCCAGAACCUGAUUGCUGUCAUGAACUGCUGGGCCAUGUUCCCAUGUUAGCUGACAAGGAAUUUGCCCAGUUCUCACAGGAUAUUGGACUGGCGUCUCUUGGCGCAUCUGAUGCAGAUAUAGAAAAACUGUCAACACUCUACUGGUUCACUGUUGAGUUUGGCCUCUGCAAACAAAAUGGAUCGAUUAAAGCCUAUGGUGCAGGUCUCCUGUCCUCCUACGGGGAACUGAUGUAUGCUUUGUCAAAGAAGCCAGAAUACAAACCCUUUGAUCCAGACGUGAUGGCACUCCAGCCUUACCAGGACCAGACCUUCCAACCCAUCUAUUUUGUAGCAGAACACUUUGAAGAUGCAAAGUCUCAGCUCCAAAAGUAUGCUCUUAAGAUCAAGAAGCCUUUUACUCUUCGUUACGACCCCUUCACCUGCAAUGUAGAGGUUCUUGAUUCACCACAGAAAGUGAAAGAAAUUGUCAUUCGCUUGAAAGAAGAACUGAAAAUCCUCUGUCAUGCCUUCGAAAAGCUUUCUUAA